GGUAGGAGCAUUUUUUUUCGGUGGAGUUUUUUCAUCGUUCUGCGCUUGGAGGCAGUGGCAAAAUCUGACGGUGGUCUUCUGGUGUCCGACAUCGGUGCUGCAUGUCGCUACGGACCGCAUCGCCCCGUUUGGUGUGUGUGUUUGUGGACGGGUGUCUCGCGGGUGUGCGCGGCCGGUCGGCCUGUACCGCUUACGCGGAUUCCUGACGGAUUUCUAGAAGAACGAGCACAUCGCGGUCGGCGGAUCGCGAUAACACAGGAGUGAGCCGUCGGCGGCGGAGUCAGUGGGCGAGGAGGCCAGCACCUCAGAGGCGACCAUGAUCAGCCGGCGGAAGAUCCUCUCCCGGUCCCGGGACGAGUUGAACGUGGACUUUACCGUCGAUGACGAAGAGGACGUCUGGUACCAGAAGGAGAAGCUCUUCAAGGACCACAUUCAGGAGGUGCUGAACAAAUGGGGCCAAAUCGACGACGAAAUAUGGGCCAAGAUCAUCUGCAUGGAACGCAACCGGCGCGUCGCAAAGGCGUACGCCCGCGCAUCUGUUCUCACCAUCAACGGUUCGAACGAGGGCUUCGAUGGGUACAGGAUCGGCCUCUGCGGCUUCGACAACCCGAUGCGGGACCCUAGGACCGAGGAAUUAAAGAAACAAAUCGGCCACGGAGUGAAAAUCAAGAUGGACGAGGCGGGCAACAUCAUGAUCAAGCGUGCCAGCAAGAGCAACGUCUACAUCAAGGAGAUCUCGGGCGGCGAGAAUAACAGCGUCAGUGCCGACAUCAUCCGCAACAACGGCCUCCUGGAAUACGAUAAGCCCGUCAAGCUGUUCGACAUCAAGAAGUUCCAGCAGAACGUGUCCCGCGAGCUGAAGCGUGCCUACCCGGACAGGCGGCACCUGGAGGCGCAGUGCCUCAGCUGCGUCUGUUUCGUCAAGGACAGCCCCGAACUCCUGGACUGCGCCGUCUGGGUCAUGGUCAUCAACAUCGUCGCCCUCGACAUGCUCAAGACAAAACUGCCCCCUCCCAUGUCCAAGCGCCAGAGUGCCCCGAACCUGAUGAGCGUGUUCGACCGGCCGCCCAGGCUGCCCGAGGAGGACCCGUACAGCCUGCCAGGAGCCGUGCCACGUCAGCAAGCGCAACCGCCCAGGGAAUCGAAGCCUCCGAAGCUACCGCCGAGGGACUUGCCACGCGUCAGUGUGCCCAGGCCUGACUACGAGGACGUGGAGCCCAUGGUACGACCUCCACCUUCAGCGAACAGGAAAAAGAACGGCGGUUACUACGACGACCCGUACUACUGCGGCUUCCGGGCGCGCGUGCCCAACUUCGCCAAGCGGGGCCAGGAGGACGGCCACCACGCCGUAUCCGGUCCCAUGUCCAGCGCUCCCAUGCCUCGAAGCCACAGCCAGAACUACCUGAGCCUCUUCAACAAGGGACCCGAACGGUCCAUCUACGACUCGGCCUACGGAAGCUGCUCCACCGUCACGCACCACGCACCAUCAGGAGGAGGAGGAGGCUUCAGUGGCGGCAGCGGCGGCUCCAGCGGCGACGACGACUACUCCAAGAUCUACGGUCGCAUCGGCCGGGGAGGACCGAGCGGUCCCUCGUCGGCUGCGUACAACCAGCUGCCCCGCGAAGUGUACGUUGGCGAGUGGGAAUGACAGGCGGCCCGCGACGGGGUCGCCGCCCGUCGUCGAGGCCGCCAGCCUACCGCCCCGCUGUCGCAGCUACAGAACCAGCAGCCCCUGGCGUCGCGACUGCCUCCGCCGCUGCCGCAGCCUCGAAGCUCGAGGUCCCUGCCGAACGGCACCGCGGCACCGCAGCCGCCGCCCGCCUGGAAGCCGCACAAGAAAAGCGCCCUCUACGGCCGCGUCAGGGCCGUCUUCGCCACCAGGAAGCACUGAUUCGAGUCCCCAGCCGCCGAUAACGUGUGCGAGAAGAACCCGCAAGCCGAGUGUGACACGUGAUCUUAAAGCACCCUGUCCUGGUUUAUACUGCUGUUCUUGGAAAUAUACCUCCUGGACAAGGCAAGCGACGACUGCGGAGACACCUAUUUGGGCUCCACGCAGCGCGUCUUAAAGUCCAGCUGUAGAACAUGCCGCAUGAGCAACAGGAAAUGACCCUGGUGCACUUCUAUGCUACAGACCAUCCAGAUGCACCCGUGCGCUUUCGCUUUAGAGGAUGUCACCGUUGUCACUUCAUAAUAACGUGGUGAUGUCAAGGAGGCCAUCUUGCAUGCUCCAGCCCCGUCAACAAUGAAAAACGGCGAGCAUGCAAUCGAAAGAAAAAAAAAAAAGAAAACACUGUCGCGGCUGGACUGCCUUUACAAGUUGAGUUCUCAAGGAAACCACGGGCGCUUAAUUUCGUUCCUCCUAUUGGAAAAGUGAGCCACGAAAUGUCUCACUCGGCUGCGGCUACGUUUGCCAGACCGGAGGGACCACGCACAUAGUCGAAGCUACGCUGUAGGCAUCAGCCAUGAUCAAAAGUGCGACUUCCUCGAAAACGUCCACGUGCACGGUGCAGUGUCGCGGUCUUGUUCAUCGAAGCAGUGCUUCCACGAGAAAUUCGCGAGGUGCGGUUGAACUGCUGCGGGCUUGGCUGCUGUUUUCGGCGUGAAAAUAUGUCUUCAGUCUUGCCAUGCAGCUGUUACGGCGAAGUCACGAGGUUUUUUGGACCAUAUAUGCGCAUACAUGGUCCAGAUGAGCCGAGCAUCGGGUCCGCGGCUCUUUGAGGGACAACGUUUUAUUUUUUUACGCAUUUUUUUUUCCCGUAAUGUGUUGUUUGAUUUUUUUUUUGUUCAGCGUGCUUGUGCUGCGUGCCCGUGCGUGAAUGUGUGUGGCAGGCAGAAUGCGAGAAUGAAGAGUGCCUCAACGUGGAAGGUUGCACCUUCAGCGGAAGAUUAGGAGAAAGACCCACACGUUGAUUCCGAGUGGCCCGUAUGCAGCAACUACCGAGUGACGAAAUGGUGUUCUUGUUUUUUAUUUGUUUAUCUUUUUUUUUCUUUCGAACGUGCGCGUUGAAACUCCUGUGAGACUUGCGACCAGCCUGACUGUACAUUUUUUAGGAACCAAGCAAACACCCCAUUCGUCGUCGCUACUGACUUCCGCGACGUGCGUAGAGCAGUGCGCCUCUGCUUGCGAUGUUUGUUGUGGCCUAUUCCUCUUCCUUUUCUUGCUGUUACAGCAGCACGCAGACGUUCUAGCAGUCAGAAAUGUGGCUGGCGAUCGCUUCCUUUGUUUGUUUACUUGUUUAUUACCUUUUUUUUUUAAUGCUGCAUUGUUAUCCCGAUCGCCUAGCCGUACGCAAGACUAAGCACGCUUGGCGCUUGAACGCGAGCCAGUGCCUCGCACGUCGCUUUUAUUUCAUCGUGGUUAUCGUGUUUUUUUUUUUUCUUUUUAAGCCGUAGAUGCGAGCAUCGUGGGAACCCUGAGGGCUAUUUAAAUCAUGGCGUUCCAUUCGCAAGCUAAACGUUCCAAUUCCGGUGCCUCGAAUGUAAUACAUUGGAAAUGAGCGCGGGCUCUGAGCACUACCAGAACAAUUAAGCAGGCAAAUUUGUGCGUGUCCUUCAAAGAAGCUUGUUAUGGGUACCACUGAUGACAUGGAAGUUUUCCGGCACAGACAACGAAAGGUGCAUCAGCACACCUAGCAGGGCUGGAAACGAGUUAUUACGAUUCGCCUCGAUCGUUGAGCCAAGAAUAGGGUAUCCCCGGUGUUCCCACCUGCAGGUUGUCCCUUUUGCCUUGGUUUGUUCUACGUGCGUACAGUGCUUGUUAUUGUUACCCCGGAGCCCCUGCAUUUGUACCACACUGUAUAGAUAGAUUGCUCAGUGCUUCCGUGUUACCCUUAUUUUCGUUUUUUCUGCUAUACGUAGUGUUGCAAUAUCUAUAUGUCGUACUCUUUCUCGCUCACUAUACCUUUCACCGAAUCCUACUGCACGCAGCUGAACGGAGAGCUAACAGACGAUGCUCUCAUAAAGCCAGCGUUUACCAAGCAAAUGAAAGCAACAACGCUUUCGUUAAGUUCAUGAUAGCAACGCAUACAGUCCGGCUCGUGCAGUGGCGGCUAGGACAGCUGGCAAUGUGCUUUGAAUAGUUGACGACCACGGCAAAGCCCUUCCAGCAACAAUGGUGGCGCCCCUAAAAGCGGCGUCCAGCUGCCGUCAUACAUUUCCAAGAUUUGCUGCGUCAUGCAUCGUCAUCGUACACCCCGCUGCAUGCGCAACCUUUGUCACACAGGCCUAAAACAUUUCUUUUCCGGAAAUUUUCGCCUGCUGAAAGUUUGAUUUUGAGAAAUUCGGAACCACGAGAAAUGAGCGAACGAGUAUGUGUUUACUCGAAUUUAUGCCUGUGUUGGCUUUGACCCAGCCCUCCCCUCUUGUUUUCUUUAUUUUUGUUUCUCGCACCUUCUUGCUUUUUUCGUCAUUCGAAGACAGUGUUACGUGUUGCCAACCUACUGAUGACCUCUAAUUGUUCUCCUUACUUACGUGUCCUGUUGUUGACGACGACGAUGUCUGGUAUAAUGCUAAGUUAAUGACCUGGAAACAGAUGUCUUUCGCUUCGUGCUGUUGUGGAGAGAGCGUGAGAAGUGAGACGUAUGCGUACCGACUGAUGACGCACGCUACUCUCGCCGGAAGAAGGCGCGUCGCGGAAGUUCAAGGAGGAAACAAGAGAUAAACAGAAACUGCCAAGCCUGUUGUUGUAAUUACAAGUUGUUUUGACUAAUUUCUUCGUUAUUUAAUGAACUCGUAUAGCUUGUUUCAUUUUUUUCCCUUCGCGUGAAGUUCAUUGCUAAUAAAAACAAGACUUUCAGACGUUAA